AACAUUACUUUCCAGGUAUGAAAGACCAGGUCUUGGCUUUGAGAUGGAUCAGAGAUAAUAUAGAAGCCUUCGGAGGUGAUAAAGAAAGAAUAACAGCAGCCGGCUGUAGCUUCGGUGCUGGAUCUAUUGAACUUCAUCUGUCUUCUAACCAAGAAAGACUCUUCAAUCAGGCCAUUAUAGAAAGUGGUUCACGAGAUAUGAAUGGUGCUAUGGGUGCAGCAAAUCGUUCGUAUCCAUUUAUAUUAGCUAGACAUUUUGGGUAUAAUGCAACAGAUUUAACAAAGGCUUUAGAUUUCCUGGCCAAGCUAGAUCCACUAGAACUUGCUAAAGCAUCUUCAGAACUCUUCGACAAAUAUCCAGUUUGCAUUGAAAAAGAAUUUGAUGGUGUUGAAAGCUUUAUAUCACAUCGAGAUUUUAAUGCAACGAAAAUUGAUUCUACGAAUAUUGUGAUUGGUUACACGAAGCAAGAGAUGUUAAUGGAUUACAUCGGUAUAGAGCCCGAAGUCUAUUUUACACAAGUAGACAUUUUUAAUGAAACUCUAAAAUAUUUUAAUGUAGAUGACCUACAAAACAUUUCGGAAAUAAUGCGUCGUUUUUACAUCGGGUAUGAAGACAUUAGUGUAAACGUUAGAGAAAACCUAAUUGAUUUUUUUUCCGACGUUGCUUUGGUCCAUUUUAUUUGGCGAGACAUAAAUAAAUUGAUAGAUUAUGGCGCUAAUAUCUAUCACUACAUAUUCUCGUAUGUUGGCAAGAGGAAUUUCAACACGGGCAGGAAUAAUAUAACGUGCACUGGAGCGACUCACGCUGACGAGCUAGGAUAUAUAUUUGAUAUGGAUGUGUUCGCUACUGAUAUUGAUAGAAGGGAUUCUAUCAUGCGAGAUAGAAUGACUACAAUGUGGACCAACUUUGUCAAAUACGGGUAAGAAACGUAAAUCCUUUAUUUUUUUAAGGAUAAGAGUACAUACGACUGAUACGAUUAUUGUGCUGCAAAGGGUGCUGUACGUUCGUUCAAAUAAUUACUUAUAAAUUAAAAUAAGGAAUUGGCAGGAAUAUAAUAUAAAAAUUUGUUGUUCUUAUAAAUCGGCUAAGUCGAGACACAAACAUUUUCGGUAGGCGAAAUAAAUGCUUUUACAAAAGGAUCGCAGAAAAUUAUUAAAAUACACGUGGUGUAAAAUUGCAAAAGAAUUGUUUAAAAAGUAAGUAAAUUGUUUAAAAGUUAUUUAUACAAUAGACAUUGAAUUUUAAGAUUUUUAUGUUUCAAAUUACAAAAUAUUACAACAUUGGAGAGAAAAUAUAAUAAAAGCGAAUUCGUCAUUA